AUGUCCGAGCACUUUCAGCGAUUUUUCAAGUACAUUGUGAAUGCCGAGAAGCGAACAUUGAAGCUUCCGGACGAGCUAAACCAUCAAUAUAGCCACCUUUUGCCUGUGGAGUGCACCCUUACCACCAGAGAGGGUCGAAGGUAUAACGUGACAAUGAGAGGUAAUCUUUGUCGGGUGGUGUUUGAUGAAGGAUGGCUAGCCUUUGUGCGUGCAGAGGCCAUUAUGACCGACAACUGUUUGUGGUUCGACCGAACCUCCUUGACCGAUUUCGUCGUCACAAUCCACACCGAAAAUCAGGUUGAACGGGAGCUUCAACACCGUUUUACGCUGCAGAGCUUCAACACUGUUUUAGGCUGA